AUGACGGGUAGCCUCCUCCUUUGCAGUUCACUCCUGCUCUUCUGCUUAGCCUGCGCGAAUUGCAAGCUGUCCUACCCCCAACGUGACCUCCUCAAAAUUGACGCGCAUAAUGCUCAAACUGUUUUCGACACGAAUGAGUACUGGCUUGUAAAAUUUUACGCCCCCCAGUGUGUGCACUGCAAGCGCAUAUGGAGCACCAUAAUGAAUGUAAAAAUAGACGUACAAAAUGAUGAUAAAAGAAGGGUGUAUUUUGGAGAGGUUAACUGCGACGACACGAACGGACGGCGCGUUUGCGAACAAUACGACGUUUUUAAGAUACCCCAAUUGAAACUAUUUAAGGGAAACGAAUUGCUCUCAACCUACUCAUACACCACGAACGAUGAGCAUUCUAUAAAAAAAUGGAUAAACUAUGUCACAACGCCAGUCUUUUGGGCUGUCCAUUCGGAGGAAGAGUUAAAUUCGUGCCAAACGGACGACAACUUUUUUCUGACUUGUUCGGAAAAUUUAAGCGACGACUUAAUCAAGGCGGCAAAGCUGUAUAGCGAGGAAUGCUACUUUAUUAACAUUAAGAAUGUGGAGCUGUGCGACAAGUUAAGCAUCAAGGCAAACCACUUGCAUGUGCGGGGGGAAGAGGAGCAUGCGACUUAUGACCUGAACAAAAUCGACUUUGAAGAGCUGAAGUCUUUUAUGAAUAAAAAUCGGCAUAAACGAUUGGGAGAGUUCAUUUUUGCGUACAUAGACGGGAAGUACUACGAAGAGAACCUAGAGCUGUAUGGCACCGACGCAAGGAAGUAUCCGCAAAUCAUCGUUUUCAGUAAACGUCCCCAAGAGUACUACUUUGAGGAUUAUUUCGACUUGGACCACCUCGAUGACGUAAUAGACCAAAUUGUGAAGGGAAGCAUUAAGCCCAAGGCCGAAACGUUUGUCAAGUCGACCAUAUUAUUAACCAAGCUUAAAAAGCACAUAAAUUACAUCAUCGAAAAGGCCUUUAAAGCGGACUUUACUUCAUUCAUCGG